GGAAGCGAGCGGCCGCCGGGGGCAGCGCCAUGGAGCCCGGGGAGGUGAAGGACCGGAUCCUGGAGAACAUCUCCCUGUCCGUCAAGAAGUGUUGGUCCCACCUCUCAACUUAGAUUGGAAACUUUUUGGAGAAGGAGUCUGGCAUCCCUGCAAAGUGCCAUGCACAUCCAUAGCGCUACGCAAGUAAUAAUCUGGUGACCGUCUCUGCAGCUGCAGCUCUGAUGGUGUCUGCCCCACGCUGCCUGCUGGAAGAGGCUUCAGGAAUGCAGGCCCAGUCCUCAGGUUGUUUGAAAGAGGGGAUGUUCUACUUUGUUUCUGCAAGAUCAAGGUUCCACUAAUGUCUAACGCUGAGCAGUCAGUGGCAGAGCCAAGAAGAAGAGCGGCAGUCCUGGCGGGACGUAUGUUAGUGUCCUGGAAGGAGACCUGUCAGGACUCCUUGGAUUCUACUCCAGCUCCCCCGUGUUGCAUGAAUUGUACGUAGCUGGGAUGAGCCACGAACUUCUGCUCUCUAAUUAUGGGUCUGGCACCAACUUACUCUGUGUUGCAGAGUUACUUUGCAGCCUGUGAGGAUGAGACCCCAGCAAUUAGGAAUCAUGACAAAGUCCUGCAGCGACUGUGUGAGCACCUGGAUCACGCUCUGCUUUAUGGGCUGCAAGAUCUCUCUUCAGGCUACUGGGUGCUGGUCGUUCACUUCACCCGCAGGGAAGCCAUCAAGCAGAUAGAAGUCUUGCAACAUGUGGCCACCAAUUUGGGGCGCAGUCGAGCGUGGCUAUACCUGGCCCUCAACGAGAACUCGUUGGAGAGCUACUUAAGGCUGUUUCAGGAGAAUCUAAGUCUGCUGCAUAAGUACUAUGUCAAGAAUGCCCUGGUCUGCAGUCAUGAUCACCUGACCUUGUUCCUGACGCUGGUAUCUGGGCUGGAAUUCAUUCGCUUUGACUUGGAUCUGGACGCCCCUUACUUGGACCUGGCACCAUACAUGCCCGAUUACUACAAGCCUCAGUAUCUGCUGGACUUCGAGGAUCGCCUGCCAAGCUCCAUCCAUGGAUCAGACAGCCUGUCGCUCAACUCCUUCAACUCGGUCACCUCGACCAAUCUGGAGUGGGACGACAGUGCCAUUGCACCUUCAAGUGAGGCAGGCUUCCCGACAUCCACAGUACAGCCAGCCUGUUGUUACUGUCAGAAGGCAGUCAGGAGCACUGCUGAAAGCCCCAGCCGCACAGAUUAUGAUUUUGGAGAUGUCUUUCCUGCAGUGCCGUCCAUACCCAGCUCAGCCUGGGAAGAUGGAGACCUAACAGACACUCUCAGCUGCCCGCACUCCGUGGCCUCUGAUCUGAAUGGCAGCAAGUCUUCCAUGAAGAGUCCAACGCAGCGCUACAACCCCUUCAACGAGGAAAAGGCUGAAGCGCUGUCCUCCGCCGAAACCACCCCUGCGCACACCGCCUCCCUGGAGAGGAUGGACACCACGACGGAAGGCACAGACCAGCUGGAGAGCGGCACGGAGCUGGAAGUCAUCAGAUUAGCUAAAAAGAAGAAAACCGGCAAGAAAAAGAAGGUGAAAUUGGAGGAAAUGGUGAACCCCCCUGCCCCCAGUGCCACAGCAGCUGGCGGGGAUGGUGGCCUGAACAGACUGAGCGAAGGAGCUGAGCUGAAGAUAGACAGCACGCCGCCCUCUCCAGCGGGCCAGGAGAGGCCAGGAGAGAGCAGCAGGCACUCAGCCCUGAGCCAGCUGGGCCUGCGGAUCCCAGAGAUGAAGGACACCUCCAUGAAUAGCGUGGGGCAGCCCCUGAGCAAAGUGAUCGACAGACUGAACGGGCAGCUGGACCCCAGUGGCUGGAACUGCCCUGUCGAGCCCCCUGAGCAGUCCUUUCGGACUGGCAUACCAGGGGAGUCCCCGGAUGGGCCGCCCUCUGGCAGCUAUGGCGAGGGGAUUUCGACCCCCAUGGACUUCUACCGCUUUACCGUUGAGAGUCCAAACUCUCCUGCGCCAGGUGGUGGCAACCAUGACUCUGCAGGGGCUGGCCAACCGCCACAUGUUCCUGGUAGCCCUGAGACUGCUGGACAAGAGGAAGAAGGAGGAGAGGGAGAAACGGCUGGGGCGGUAGAAAACGCUCAGGAGGCAGAUAAAGCCCAAGCCAGCGAAACGGAGACUGGCCACACGGAGGCAUUCAGCAGGCUGAAAGGAGACCAGCCCAGUCCCUCUCUGAGCAGCGCUGAUGACUCGGGGGUGGAGGAGGGCCAGGGCAGCCCAUCGGAAAUGGCCCAUCCAUCGGAGUUCAGGGUGGAUAACAACCAUCUAUUGCUGCUGAUGAUCCAUGUCUUCCGGGAGAAUGAGGAGCAGCUGUUCAGGAUGAUCCGAAUGAGCACCGGGCACAUGGAGGGGAAUCUUCAGCUGCUCUAUGUCCUGCUGACGGACUGUUACGUUUACCUGAUCCGGAAAGGAGCAGCAGAAAAACCGUACUUGGUGGAGGAGACCGUUUCGUACAAUGAGCUAGACUACAUCUCGGUUGGCCUGGAUCAGCAGACAGUGACGCUGGUCUGCACCAAUCGUCGGAAGCAGUUCCUGCUGGACACCGCUGAUGUGGCCCUUACAGAGUUCUUCCUGGUCUCCUUGAAGUCAGCCAUGGUCAAAGGCUGCCGAGAGCCACCGUACCCCAGUAUCCUUACCGACGCCACUAUGGAGAAGCUGGCGCUGGCCAAGUUUGUGGCCCAAGAGUCAAAGUGCGAGGCUUCCGAUGUGCUCGUGCGCUUCUAUGGCCUCGUUCACUGGGAGGACCCCAUGGAUGAGGCAUUGGGACCGGCCCCUUCCCUUUACGCAUCUCCUGAGAACUCAGUCACUAAAGAAGGCAUCCUGCAUUACAAGGCUGGGACUUCGUACCUGGGGAAGGAGCACUGGAAGACCUGCUUUGUGGUGCUCAGCAAUGGGAUCUUAUACCAGUAUCCAGACCGCACCGACAUUAUCCCUCUGCUCUCCGUGAACAUGGGGGGGGAGCAGUGUGGCGGGUGCCGGCGAUCAAACACCACGGAUCGCCCCCACUCCUUCCAGGUGAUCCUGACCGACCGCCCUUCCCUGGAGCUCAGCGCCGAGAACGAAGAGGAGAUGGCAGACUGGAUGCAAUACUUGUGCCAGGCUGUCUCCAAAGGGGUUAUCCCCCAGGGCAUGGUCCCUACGCCCUGCAUCCCCUGCUGCCUUGUCAUAACCGACGAGAAGGCCUUCACCUGCCACGAGGACUGCCAGACGAGCUUUUUCCGCUCGCUCGCCACUGUGGAGCUGCCGGACGUGGCCGCUGUCUCUACGGAACCCGGCAAGGAGUACUGUAUCAUAGAGUUUGCUCGGGAUCGCCACCAGUUCCUGCCCCCCUGGGUCCUGUACUUUAGUUGCACUACGGAACUGGAGAGGUUCCUCGUGGCGUUGAGCACCGUUUGGAGAAAUAUCUACCAGGUUGAUCUCCGGCACAAGGCUAUCCAAGAAGCCUCAGUCAAGAAGAAAUGCGAGGAUGCCUUGAGCCUGAUCCACAGCGCCUGGCAGCGCAGCGACAGCCUGUGCCGUGGCCGGGCCUCCCGGGACCCCUGGUGUUAACAGAGGGAAAGACACAACCCUACGUUAUAAGAGGCCCAGACUAACCUACCCACCCCGACACUAACUCUGGGGGGCAAUCCUGUCCCUUUCCCGGUGCAGGCAGGCGGACUCUCUUUAGCAAACAAGCUUACGUUCUCCUUGGCAGUGUUUGAACUCGCUGCAAGCCCGGGGUUCGCAGUGCUGUCCCUCUAGCUGGGAGCGUACGAGUGGAUAUCCUAGAUCGGCCGAGCGCUGCCUCUCAGCGGUAGCAAUGGCGGAGCUUGUGCUUGUUGAACGGAAGCCUUCACGCUGCACCAUGGUACGUCGCUUCUCUGCUGCGUCGCAGCGGGACCAUACGGUACCAGGCCCACAGCGUGGGGACGGCACUGGAGAUGGGGGAGCUUCAUCUAGAUCUACCACCAUGCGUGGAUACCUGCCUCAAGUUCUUUGUGCAGAGGGCCUUGCAGAGACUCUGGCCGGGUCACCCUGCUGCCUCCGAGCAAGUGACUCUCUCUUUAAAGGAAUGAUAACCUAAUAUUAAUGAGGGCAGGGUGUUCACUCGUUGCAUCAUUGGACACCAGACGGGUCCAAGCGCUUGUACUGACUAGUUGUUCAUUUUAGAACACGUUAGGUUGUAAAUGUGGUGAGACUGGAACAGUAAAUAGCUGCUGCGCAUGUUUUAUCCUUGCUAAUACAAUCGCAAACUAAUGCACUGCUUCACCUCAACGGGUGCUCAUCCCCCCUGCCCCCCCCCCCAACACUUCUCCUUGACCAUUUGUGAGCUGCAUGUGCUGGGUCUUCUCUGCCCAGGAGAUCUCUCUGGUAUUAAUCAAUCUCUGCCCAGGGCACAUAACCUGUCCCAUCGCAGCCCUACAAAGCCACAGCGAGAAACAAAGAUGUAGCUCGGGUGGAAGAAGUUGCCAGCUCAGUUUUUGGGCUGCGGUCAUGGGUUCCUGGGUCUGAUCUGAUGUCUAAAAGGGGAGAGAAUGGGAGAAGCUGGAGCAUAGGGUUGUGCUUGAUCCAAAAUUAACCCUCUUCUGGAUGCACAAGCAGCGUGUUCAGCAUCAGAGAUGUUGGCUGUUGGUAUGUAGGCCCCUCUCUCUUCCCCCCACUGGCUGCUGCUGGAGUCAUUAGGAGAUUUGACAAAGGUGAGGGGGAGUGUGUGGGAAAUACUGAAGCAAAUCCAGGUAGCAUAAUGUGGGAGGAGCAGAGAGAUUUAGACACAUGGGGAUUGAGAAUUUCAGAGUAUUCUGGAGGAUUUAGACAAACACCUUCCAUUCAUUUAACUGAAAUGUGUCUAAAUCUCCUGGAUUGCUUUGCAAAUCUCAACUUUGAGAGAGGUGGUACAAAUAUGGGAGUUGGGGGUGGGGCAGGAAGAGGGAUCAAUUAACCCUUUGUGUGCAAAAGCAAAUCCCUGUCGUCUGGGGCCAUGUAAGGUAACAGCAAUUAUCCACUAUAGAGAGUGGUUUGGGGGUUUUAUUUGUUUGGGGAUUUUUUUAAUAAGUUGGGAGACCUAAUAUAAUAUAUAUUCAUGGGGCCUUUUUUCCAGGAGGUGAACUAUGUGACUGAAUGUACGUGUAUAUACAUCUGCUUCCUCUGCCCCAGAAUAAAUACUCAUUGGUAA